GGGCCUUUCUCUGACCUCAUGACCUCUUUCUCCAUUACUUUCUCUCUCUCUCUCUCUCUCUCUCUCUCUCUCUCUAUUUCUCUCUCUCUCAUACUUCUUUACAACUAAAGUGUGCAGAGUGAUUAGGAACAGUUCGUCCAUCAGUGGAGGAAUGUAAGAUUGGUAUGGGGUCCAGGGUGUGUCUGAGCAAAGUUUACUGAGCACCUCCAGUGUUUACAUUUACAGUCCACUGUAUAAUUACUGCAGGAGAGUAAAAGAGCCCAAAAGAAGUCAGAUGGUUCUGAGUUAAUCACAAUCCCAACAUCCAGUGGGGGUUGCAAUCAAAAUGGUGUUAAAAGACAAACUGAUGUUAUAUGCAAUAUAUCUUAUUUAUAUUGAAAUUCUGUACAUAUCAAGUAAAUUCAUUGCAGUACUUUUGUCAGUGUACCUCUGGAGAAGUAAAAUGCUAGCUGCUAAGCUAUUAGGUAUAUGUAGACCGGAGGACACAAGGUAUCUUAUCAGAGUCACAUCUGUGACAACCAUCUGCUAGACCUUUGAAACUAAGGGUGGGGUUGUUAAUCAUGUACUAGCCAACUGUGACCUGGCAUAUAAACCAUUAUAUCAUGUUCAUAUUUGAGCACUCUUGGAUUCAUUGUAAAAUUAUAUCACCAGCAGGAAAGUGAGAAUGGCACUAGUAUCUGAGUUUUUGGGUCAGCUCUCACUGGGUCAUGGAGGGCUGAGAGAGCCACGGUGUCCUACAGUGUUCCCAGCUCCAGAUUUUGAUCCAGAGAAGGAUGCAUCCUGGAUUGAUUCAGCCAUUAAAACCAAGGGUGUGGAUGAGCAUGUAAUCAUUGACAUCCUGACAAGACGCACCUACGCACAGAGGAGAGAGAUUGCAUUUGAAUAUGAGAGGAAAGAAAAAAAGGACAUGGUUACUGCCCUGAAGGGGGCACUGUCAGGCUCUCUAGAGAAUGUGAUUCUUGGUUUAAUGAAGAGCACGACUCAGUUUGACGCCUUUGAGCUCAGAGCAUCAAUGAAGGGUCUGGGCACCGAUGAAGAGAGUUUGAUUGAGAUGGUCUGCUCUCGUAGCAAUGAGGAGCUGGUAGAGAUCAAAAGGGUCUAUAAAGAUCUGUUCAAGAAAGACCUAGAGAAAGAUGUUGCUGGAGACACUUCUGGCGAUUUUGCUAAGUUGUUGCUGGCUCUGGUUCAGGCUAGGAGAGAGGAGCCCAGCAACGUAGUGGACUAUGAGAAGAUUGACAAUGAUGCAAGAGCCCUCUAUGAGGCAGGAGUGAAGAGGAAAGGAACAGAUGUGGCCAUCUGGAUAAACAUCUUCUCAGAGCGGAGUGUGCCACACCUCCGUAAAGUGUUUGAGAGAUAUAAGAGCUACAGCCCAUAUGACAUGAAGGAGAGCAUCCGAAAGGAGGUGAAGGGAGAUCUGGAGAAGUCCUUCCUUACAUUAGUGGAGUGCUUUGAAAACAAACAGCUUUACUUUGCCAAUAAACUUAAUGAAGCCAUGAAGGGUAAAUCAGCAAAGGAGAAGAUCCUGACCCGGAUAAUCGUUUCCCGCUGUGAAGUUGACCUCAUGAAAAUACGCUCAGAGUUCAAGAGGCAGUUCGGAAAGUCACUCUUUCAGACAAUCGCGGAGCAAACUAAAGGUGACUACCAGAGAGCUCUACUGAAUCUCUGUGGAGGAGAUGAUUAAACACAGCAUCACUACAUUUCCCAUAAUUCCUGGCUACACGUACCCAGCGUGCACUACAGAUACAACAGAGCACAACAGUAUUACUUAAAAUGAUUUGAAAUUGUGGAUAUUUGACUAUUUUGUAUAUUGAAAUAGUAUAUAAUGUUUUCUCUCUUAAAAGAUGUCUUUGUAAGACACUGACAGCUGAAGAAUUUUAAGAAUGUCUAUUAAAUAUGUUCUGUCAUUAAAAUCAUGUCAUGUUUAUGCAAAUAA